AUGGAUAAUGAUUUGGCACAAAUCCCAAUAAAAACAAAAUAUGGAAUUUUAAUUUGCCAGCCUUUGGAGCAGUUUAAAGGACUUGAAGUAAAAUUUAAAUUAAACAAUAAAAAUAUUUGUGAUGUUGCCGACGAAUUUGGGGAAAAUAUUUUGGAAAAAAUUGAAAUAGAAAAAGGAAAAAAUAAAAAAGGAUGCUCUCCUAAUUUAAUAAAAAUUAAUUUGAAAGAAAAAUUGAAAAAAUAUUUUAAUACAGAAAAGACUAAUUUAAACGAUUUUUUAAUUAAAAAUAGAGAAAGGAUGAUUAAUGAAUUGGAGGGAAGUUGUGGAGAAAAUAUUUUAAAAAUUAAUGCCGAAAAUUGGUUAUUUUUGGGGGGAACGGGUAAAAAUGAAUCUACGGUUAAUUGUCGAGGGGGUAUUGUUAAUGAAUUGAAUUUGAAGAUUGAAGAAGCGAUUGAACGUCUUGUGAAGAAAAUACCUGAAGAUGGCCAACUUAGGCAAGAAUAUGCAUCAAUCCGUGCUCAUUAUUUAUUGAACAAAAUGGGACUUAAAUUACAUUCUAAACUAGUCAAAAUAAUCGGGGGAAAUGAGAAGGAUUUGGUUAAAUUAUUCGAAAAAAUAGAGGUUCCUUUUGAUUCAGAAUUAAUCGAAAAUUCUUUAUAUGCAAAAACAAUAGUUGAAGAAAUGUUUGAUUUAAUGAGUGGGAAUGGGGAGGAAUUGGAAAACUUGAAGGAAGCAAUUCAAAAUCCAAAUGUUGAAUUGCCUGAAGAAAUGGUUGAUGAGAGAAAAUGGAUAAAGUCUUUGACUGAACGUGUGGCAGUCAAUAGAGAAAGUCCAAAAAGUUCAAGUAAAUCACCUAAGCCAAAAAAGAGUACUAAACGACCAACAAAUCCUUAUGAUAAUCAGAGUGAGGCAAGAAAGCUAGGCUAUGUUCAGCAUGAUGUAGCCAAGGUUCUGAUAGCUUAUGAACGUUUAAAUCGUUUCUUCAAAAUUGAGAAUUAUGCAAAUAAUUGGAAGGCUAAAAUAGAAGCAAAUAUUGAAAAUGAAUCAGUACGUUUAUUAAAUGAGGAUUUAUUUGAGAGCUAUUUAACUUAUAUAAAAAAUUUAAAAUAUGAUGAAAAUAUGCCUAUGAAUAUGGAAAUGUUUCUUUAUCGAACUUAUGGGUUAAAGAAAAAAUGUGGAGAAAAUUGA